AUGGUGGCCGGGACUGCGGAAUGCUCCUCCCCCAUUGAUCCGACGACCUCGCCUUCCCCUCGAUCCGUAAGCUCAGGCACCACGACGAAUCCCAAUACGCCCAGGCCAAAUCCAGAACCAGAUAUUGAAUAUGACGAACACGAAGCGCACACUCCUCGGCCGACAGGUCCUGACCAGUCCCCAAUAAGGCACGCAAAAGUCGAGAAUACACCUGCUGGUACUCACGCAUCCCCAUCUUCAUCACCGUCUCCUAAAAGUACCAGCUCUGGUGCGCCAUCUCUCGGGCACAUCGAACCAACGUGGCCCAAGAAGAUCGACCUGGCCAAGAUCGCUGCUCUCGCGUCAUGGGACAGAGACCAGAGCCUGCCCGGCCUGCUCUUCGACAUACACUGGGUGCCUUCAUCCAACAAAGCCUUCUUCGAACUACGCGCCUCGGUCCAACUCAAGCAUGCCCCGGGUCUUCGCCGUGACGGCAGGACCAACAUCUUCAUUCACAUCUACCCGGAACGCAUUCACCAGCUCUCUUUCGAAGCAGACCCCGCCGACAAGAUGUUGGGUCAUGACACCAUAGCACUGGUCUUCACCCUGUCCAGGCCGCCGGCUCUGGUGCUGCCACCCACGCAAUGCGAACCCAAAAACAAAGCAUCCGGGAACAUACUCACGUCUCUGUUCCACUUGGCCAAACAAACAUCCUGGACCGUGUAUGCUGCCGUUCCUCCACGGAGUUUGUCUGCUGCGCGAAUACAGAAGCUCUGCGCAGCCGUCUCAGAACCGUCAGCCGGUAGUAUCGCUGCGUUCACCAGUGCGGCGACUCUUUACCAGGGCCAAGGGGGCAAGAUAAUUGAGGGAGACACUCUGGCAUCUAGCACUGCCGGCAGCAGCGAUCCUGCUGGUCAUGAAGUGCACGACGAUCCUCCAAAAUACGAAGAGUCUGGCUCUGCCCCUGUCUACCCAGGCCUCGACAAAGGCAAAAAGCGUCUUCGUCGCAGCAGCAGUCCUUCGACAAUCCACGAGCAGAAGCUUCAAGAGCCGGCCGGCAUCGAAGCUCUCCUUAAUUCUCGCCUGUCGGCCCUUGAGCAACGUUUUGACGACGCGCUUGCCGCUCACAAAAAGGAGAUGGUGGAACUCGUUGGACAGGCCGAGGCACGCAUAAUGGACACGCUUCGCAAAGAAAUAGGCGAGCAGUCCUCUGAAUUAGAAGACUCGCUAGACAAAAGAGUCAAGGAUGAGAUGGCUGAGCUGGAGGAGACCGUGAUGCGGAACAUUAGCGAGGCGCCUUUGCAGGCCACUCUGACCUUCCCGCAACAUCCUUGGUAUUGA